AUGUCUCCGGGCUCAGCUUGCCCAGCAGAGAGCUCUGUACUGGGCGAGUCCUGGGUUGUGGCGUCAACCUCAUCCUUGCAAAAGAAGCAUCUACCAGAAGAAUCCGAGCGAAAAGGACAGGCAAAUAAAGAAGACCAGAGCAAGGGAUGCCAUUCGAUGACCACAUCUGGUUCUUCAAUAUCAGGUCCUGAGCUCAUCAUGCCGUCAAUAUGCGAAGUACCUAUCUCAGAAGCCUCCUGGGUAGUGCCGGAGUUGCGCUCUCGCACGCGGUCCACGCAUACAGUCAAACGAAGACACAAGCGAUUAUCCGAUCAGCCAGGGAAGAAGGGAGAGUCUGGAGCGUCGAGUUUGGAAGACUCUACGGCAGCAGCGCGCAGUUCACAGGGAGGUGAAGGCGUGUCCAUCAGCUCUGGAACAACAUCUAGCUCUACGCGCAUGGAAAGAUACAUCAGAGCAUUGAUCAACCUCCUCCUCAUGGCGGCAAUCUCCCACCUUCUCAUUCUACCUGAGCUCGUCCACCAAUAUCAAACCCUCUGCAGCAUCGAGGCAGUAUCAACCCUCUACCCAGCGAGCUGCAUCCCUCCUUACCCGCACCCACCAUCCACAAUCCCGCAAUCCCGCUCAGUGCAGUCCAACCCCAACCCCAUCCUAACCUCCCAAUCCCGCCUCGAAACCCUCUUUAACAUCACCCUCACCCAAAUGUCCAUCUUACAUCCCACCCUGCGACAAACCGAGUCCCUCCUCCGCGACCUCCACGCGAAUCUCAAAAAGGCCUACCCGGCCGCCAAACACGAACUCGACCUCGAAUUCGCCGGCUGCACACAAGCCGCCCGCACCGCGACCGGCAAGUUCGCCUCCCUGAAAGCAGACAUCCACUCCGCGACAGACAGCCUCCUCGCUACCGCAGCCACCGACGACAGCACCGGCACAGGCCGAGGCCGAGGCCGCUCCGUCGCACAGGACGCCAGACUCUCAACCCAACUGGCCCGCCGGGAAGCAUACCUCGACCAGCUGACGGCGCGCAUGCAGUCCAAGGCCGAGGCGCUGUGCGGUGACUUUGCCACGCUGGACGACCACCUCGAGUCUAUCGAGGAGAUCGUGCAGAGGGAGAUGCGCGCCCCUCCCUCCUUUCCUGGCACCCAGACAACUGCCGGGAACGGGGCUAGUGGCGACAACGGCAACGGCAACGGCAAGGGUCUCUGGGCUUUCAUCGACGCGAUCGUGCCGUUCACCGGAAGGACGUCUCCAGUGCGUUCUGGGGAGGAUGAGACGUCGACGUCGGGGAUGGGGAUGGGCAGGAACACGUAUCUGUCCGACUCUUAUCGGCAGGCGGCGAAUUACCAUCGGCCUGUGGCUGAUCUGAUUCGGAGAUUGUAUAUCGAUCUGCAGAGCCUGCAAAGGAGGAAAGGUAAUUUGGUAUAG